UAUUCCCAAGACGUCGACUUCGACCAACUCGCAAAGAGUUCGCCGGACUUCGCCGCCAUCAUCGCGCCCGCGAAACGAAAAGGCUUCAUCGACUUCAAAAACCCGAAAGUCGUGCAACAACUCUCCAUCUCUCUCCUCCAGCAAGACUUCUCUCUCCAACUCACCCUCCCUCAAAAUCGUCUCUGCCCUCCAAUCCCCGUGCGCUGGAACUACGUCCGCUGGAUUCAGGACCUCCUCGACACCUCUUCUCCAACUUAUCGCGACACACCGGAUCCCGCGCGAGAAGUCACGGGUCUGGACAUCGGGGUCGGAGCGAGCUGCAUAUACGCCCUGCUGGCUUGCAGCACGAGGGAGAAGUGGCGUAUGUUGGGAACGGAUGUGGAUGCUCACUCUCUUGCAUGCGCGACACGGAAUGUGAAAGACAAUGGGCUGGAGAAGAGAGUCAAGUUGAAGCAGAUGUCGCCGGAAAAUCCGCUCUUGCCACUCGAUAUGCUGAAAGUGGAGGAACUGGACUUUAUCAUGACUAACCCGCCUUUCUACGACUCGCACGCAGAUUUUUUGGCGGCGACGAAACGUUCAGUGGAUGAUGAGAGCGGACCAACGCCCGUGCUGACCGGUGCGGAUAAUGAGAUGAUCUAUCCUGGCGGCGACGUGGCGUUCGUACUGAGGAUACUGCAAGAUUCAUUGAAGCUACGGGAACGCGUACAGUGGUAUACUGCUAUGCUUAGCAAACUCUCUUCUCUCCAGCAAGUGCUCGCGAAGCUAAAGGAGGAAGGAAUUACGAAUUUCGCGGUCACGUCUUUGCAGCCGGGUCGUGGGACGAAGAGGUGGGGAUUGGCGUGGAGUUUUGGGAAUUUGAGGGUGAGGAAUGAUGUUGGGCGGCAUGGGGAGUUGGUGGUGAGUGUGCUGCCGCAGCCAACGGUGCAGACUGUGGAGGGGAGGGGUCAGAUGAGCAGGGAGGAGGUGGGAAGGAAAGUGGACGAAUUGGUGAAGGGGUUCGAUGUUAGGUGGAUGUGGAAGGAGGGGAGAGGGGAGGGUGUCAUGGUUGCGAAGGAGAAUGUAUGGUCGAGAGCGGCGAGGAGGAAGAAGAAGUUUGAGGAGGAGGGGAGGGGGAAGAGUGAAGACGAAGAGCCGGUAGCGCUGGCGGUCAAGAUCAUAUGUCUGGAGGGAAAGCUGGAGGUGAGAUGGCUGCAGGGGCAGGACCAUGUAGUGUUCACCAGCUUCUGUGGUGUGUUGAAGCGA